ACUGUAGCCAUUUACUUGUCUCCGAAAUUGUCUCCAUGUAGCACAAAGAACUUUUUUUACACCAGUUUUCGACGAAACUUCAGAAAUUGUUAAUUGUGAUAAACCACGCCCGAGGUAACAAAUGUCGUCUUUUUAUCUAUUUUGAUUCCUGUCUAGUUUCUGACCCUUAAAGAAAAUGGACCUUUUCCCUGCUAAGAAAUUGUCGCCGAGGUAGCACCUGGAACACUAUAAAAGAGCAUGGUAAAAUAUUUUAUAGUUUUCUAGCCGUGUCAACAAAACUUGUUGGAAAUACCAACAUAAAAAGAUGCUCUAACAAUUAAAUCAUAAGCGCCUGUUGAAAGUGUAUAUAAGCAGAAAAGAAAUUGAGCACUGAAGAAUGUUUUUCCUUCUGAACAUGCUUAAUUUGCGGCUCUAAGGCUCAGGCAGUGUAUGACUACCUGCCUUUGCACACCAUCUUUAGGGCACCAAACAGUUAUAGCUUAUACUUUCAACCAAAUGUAGCUUUGUUUUAUUGCAGGUUGAAGUAUUUGUUGGAGGAUACCCAUCAACGUGUACUGGUACGUGCGAUUUUCAAUGGUUGCUGUCGCAAACUCCAGUAGUAACAGGUGUUGCUCAAAGUAGCAUGACUCUCACAGUUAGUGGCACAGGUUUUAGUACAACAUCAAAUUUAAAUAGUGUCCUUAUCGGAUCAGGUUCAUGCGGUAUAACAGCUGCUUCAGCCACCACUCUCACAUGCACCAUUGUUAACGCACCAUCAGGCGUAUAUUCAGUAGUGGUUAACGUUGCUGGAAAAGGUCAAGCACAAGGUUCAAAUAGUUUUACAGUGACUAUACCAUUGCAAGCAUCAAGCAUUUCUCCUACACAAGGCGGUGCAGGUGGUGGUUAUGCAAUGACAAUUAACGGCAUGGGUUUUUCAAGUUCAACGAUUGUAACAAUUGAUAACAAUAUUUGUACAAAUCCACAAGUGACGAAUUUUGCAAGCAUCACAUGUAUAGUUCCAAGUACAUCAGCUCAAAGUGAUCGUCAAGUAUCAGUGGUGGUUACAGAUGGUUCAAACACAGCUACAGUUUCCUCACAAUUCACAUACAGUGUAGCUAACACACCAGCAAUAACCUCAGUUAAUCCGAACGUUGUCUAUAUAAGCGCUGGUCAAGUAUCGAUUACAGGAAGUUUGUUCGGUAAUAGUGGAGUUCAAGUUCUUAUUGGUCAAACAAUGGCAAGCGUUUUAGAGUCAAAUGACACAAACAUUUUAGCAAUCUUACCGCCGUUGGCACCUGGGAUCUAUACAGUACAAGUUAAUACAACGAGCGGUUACGCACGGCCGCCUGCAUUGAUUGAAUAUCGAUUCUAUGUGCAAGAAGUAACACCUAAUGUUGGCUCAUUAUACGGUGGGACCGAUGUUUAUGUUCAAGGUCAGGGUUUCGACAGUACAACAACCGUUAACUUUGGAACAAAUACGUGUUCAAUAGUUUCUGUUCAAUCAACUCAAAUCCAUUGUCAAACAACAGCAGCAACGCCUCAGGUUGUCAUCACUUCGAACGGGGUUGAUCCAACCUACGGGCAAGGAUUUGCAUGGUCUCCCUACUAUGCUACAGUCCAACAGGGUUCAAUUGUUCAAUGGCAAUGGGGCUCAUCAGCGCUACUGAGCAGUCUGCAGUAUAAAAUACAACAAGUUGCAAACGGAUCAACAGAACAAGCGGUAUCAGGUGGUUUUGAUAGUGGCACAGCGUCUUCCUCGGGCAGUUAUUCGUAUCAAUUUCAAACAAUUGGAACGUUCUAUUACUGGUCUGGACCAGUGGAUGCAUCCGGUUUAAUUAUCAUGAGAGGCGUAGCCAUUUUUUCUAGUCCCGCAAAAGAAACAGUUUAUACAUGUAUACCUAUUUCAGCCCAGACAUGUACAUUUCCAUUUACAUUCAACGGUGCCAAUUAUACAGCCUGUACAUCAGACAAUGAUACACAGUCAUGGUGUUCCCCGUCAUUUAUAUAUACUGGUCAAAGAUUAUAUUGUGCAUCAACAACUGCAGUUCCAACAUCUUCCUGUGGUAGUGCUUCCGUAAUCAAUCCAUCAGCAUGUUCACAAUCGGUGCCAUCAAAUAAUCUACAAUUUCUCUCAAAUUCAUGCGAAAAUGAUAUACAAAUAGGAAGUUCGUACCAUUGUCCAAUUGUCACUGCUUCAUCAACACAAUUAACAUGUGUCAUUGCUACUGGAUCAUCUUUGAAUGGAAAUGUAGCACAAAAUGUUCAAGUUGCAUUGAUCAAAAAGGGCUAUUUAAUUAGUAACGGUAUAUUGCAGUUUUUAUUUCAAGCCUCGAUAACGGGUGUGCAACCAACAGAAGGCUCAAUUAAUGGUGGAACACAAAUAACGAUUUCUGGAGAUGGUUUUGCGUCAGGGCAGACACUUGUUUUAAUUGGAAAUACUGAUUAUACUAGUGUAGCGGUAAUAACAUACAACAGUAUUGUAUUUACGACGAAGAAGGAAAAUACUUAUCUUAAUCAAAACUUACCUGUUCGAGUUUACAUUGGUACCAAUCCAGCUGUGUGCUCAGCAUCAUGCAAUUACACAUUCAGUUCAGCAGCAACACCAAGCUUAACAAGCGUUAGUCCAACAUCAAUAACAGGUUCAACCGUGCUUUCAUUUACAGGUAGCUUGUUGGGAUCUAGUACUUCAGCUGUUCUCAUAUCUGUGAAUGGCCACUCGUGCAAUGUCACAACAGUAACCAGUAGUUCAGUUCAGUGUCAAUUGGACAGUGUUGAAGCGGGUACUUAUAAUGUAACGGCAUCCAUUGACGGUGUAGGAGUUGUUUCAACGAGUUUAACAGUCACCUCAUCAGCAACGCUAGCAAGUGUUAGUCCAUUAUCAGGCAGUAUAUAUGGUGGUAUGACGCUCGUAAUCAAUGGAAAUGGUUUCAAUAGUAGUAACGUUCAAGUAACAGUCGGCUCAUCAGUGUGUGUGAUUGUUCAAGCCACAGCUGGGCAAAUUCAAUGUACAGUACCAGCACAGGGUACAAAUCCAUCUUCAUCAGUGGUGCGCGUUACUUCAAACGGUGUACAGUUUCCUACAACGUACAAUUUUAACUACAAUUCUGCCAUAACUCCAGUGGUUUCAUCUAUUAGUCCAACAUCAGGUGGAGCACAAACGAGUCUGACAAUAACGGGUUCAAAUUUUAUUAAUUCCCAAACAACAGUUGCAGUUGGUGGUAACCAAUGCAUAAUUCAAAGUGUGACAUCAUCGUCAAUCAGUUGUACUGUGGCUGAUGGACCAGCAGGCAAUCAGGCUGUAGUCGUUUCAGUUUCAUCAAGCGGUAACUCAAAUUCAAAUGUGGCAUUUGUUUACAACUUACAAGUAUCAAGUAUAUUACCGAAUCAAGGCGGCUAUGGCGGUGGUCUAAGUGUAACGGUAAACGGUGAUGGGUUCAGUGCAUCAAAUCUUGCUGUUACUGUUUGCAGUCAGCCUUGUACUUCAGUCUCAGUUUUAUCCAACACACAACUAACCUGUGUAACACCAACUCUAAGCGUACUAUCUACCGAUACAUCGUGUAAUUUGGUGGUCAACGCCAGUCAAUCACGAAGUGUAUCGUUUACUUAUAAAGCCAGCCUUACAGCGUCAGUAUCCAGUGUCAGCCCAACAAGAGGGGGUACAGGUGGUGGCACAACUCUUACGAUUACAGGAACAAAUUUCCCCAGCUCGAGGAAUUCUGUCGCAGUCUCAAUCGCAGGCGUUACCUGCGCUGUUCAAAGUGUUGUAACAACAAGUAUCACGUGUUUAACGGGUAGCUAUUCUUACACAACUAUCCAAGCUCCAGUUAUUGUAUCGAUUACGAAUUACGGAAACGCUGCUGGAAAUAUUCAAUAUCAGUAUAUUGAUUUAUGGUCGAGUCCAUGGACAUGGGGUGGAUUAUCACCACCUGAAGCUGGGAGUUUGGUUUCUAUUGAUAGCGGAAAAACAGUUUAUUUCGAUACAACCACACCAGUUCUAAAAGCACUUGUUAUCGACAAUGCUUCGCUGAUAUUUGAUGAUAAUCAGGAUGUGGCCUUAAAUGCUGAAUAUAUCAUCAUUGUUAAUGGAGGAACUUUUCAAGUUGGUACAGAACAGACACCAUUUCAGCAUAGUGCUGUCAUAACAAUGUAUGGUCAAUUAAGAAGUAUUGAAUUACCGAUAUAUGGUGCAAAAGUAUUGGGUUUGCGCGAUGGUGUAAUUGAUAUGCACGGAAAGCCAGUAACACAGCCAUGGACAGUUCUUGGAUCAACGGCACAAGCCGGCGAUACUCAAAUCACACUGAAAAAUCCGGUUGAUUGGGCUGUAGACGAUCUAAUUGUUAUUGCUACUACCGGAGAUUAUGAAAGUCAAGGAGAGAGUGAAGUACGAGUAAUAACAGCUAUUAGCCCCAAUGGUACUGUACUUACAUUAGAUUCACCAUUAAAUUAUACACAUUCUGGUGUAACGAGAACUGUCGGUCCGGUAAAUGUUGAUAUUCGUGCAGAAGUUGGACUUUUGUCGCGUAAUAUUAUAUUUCAAGGUUCAGUCGAAGCUAAUUGGAACGUAACAAUCAAUGCGUGUCCAGAUGGAUUCGAUCCUGGAGAGUUUGCUACACAAACAUGUUUUCUCGGGCGAUACGGUCAAGAAAUCGGUAGUGAUCAGUUUGGUGCUACAAUAAUGGCAAGUGCAUCAGAUGGUGGGCAAGCAAUUAUGCGCCUAUCAAAUAUAGAAGUAUAUAAUGCCGGUCAAGCAUUUCGAUUGGGUCGUUAUCCUGUCCAUUUUCAUAUGAAUGGGGAUAUGCGUUCAUCAUAUAUCAAAUCAUCAGCAAUACAUCAAACGUACAAUCGAGCUGUUAAUAUACAUGCAACAAAUUACGUGACCGUUGAAAACAAUGUUAUAUAUGACAUAAUGGGAGGAGCAUUCUUUCUCGAAGACGGUGUUGAAAUUGGGAAUGUUUUUCGUGGUAACUUGGCUGUUUUUGUUAGAACAAGUUCAAGUCUGCUGAAUGAAGAUGUGACACCGGCUGCCAUUUGGGUGACGAAUCCAAAUAACACAGUUGAAAAUAAUGCAGUUGCAGGCGGUACGCAUUUUGGUUAUUGGUACAGAAUGCUCGAAACACCAGACGGUCCGUCAUUUGCAAUGUAUCCGAAUUAUUGUCCACAUCGUACACCAUUCGGUCGAUUCUUCAACAAUUCAGUUCACAGUACUGGACGAUUUGGCGUGUGGAUUUUCCCUGAGUAUUCACCAACUGUUGGAGGAAACUGCUGGGGUGACACUCCAUCGCAAGCAGUUUUGGAAGGUUUAAUAUCUUGGAACAAUCAAAAAGGUGUAGAAUGGGUUAUGUCAAGCACAGUUCAAUUCAAAAACUUUCUGGUGUUUGAUAAUGCUGAUACGGGCAUAUCCUGCGUAACAGCCAUCAACGAUCAAAGAACGGAUUUACCAAAUUUGGAAUCAACAUUUUAUAAUACAAGUGCUGGAUCAUCAGUUAUUAACUCGGUUAUUAUAGGUGAUACUGGAAACUCUGGAUCGCCAGUUGUUCCGUCAAGCGCUGGUCUUGUUGUAAUGUGGGAUAGAGAUGGUGUCUAUCAAGAUGAUGACGGAACGUUGAGCGGUGUUGUGGGUGGAUCAAUCGUAUAUCCAGAUGGCUUAAUGAAUGGCUCUUCUUUAUGCAUACCAACUCCCCACUUUGUGAACGGAAUAACAUGCCAACCGGGUAUUGGGACAUGGUUACGCUUUGCAUUGAACAAUGCUAACCUUGACAUCGAUAAUGAUGAAUUUCUUUACAUAUACGAUAUUAACAACAAUGUUGUGGCAGUUCCAUCAUUGAAAAAGCGUCUGACACAUCCUUUAGGCUAUAUGGUCGCAUUCCGAGCGAAUCAAUCGUACACCAUGGUAUUUCAAAAUGCAAACAGUACAGUCAAUUUAUCUUACACUGGUGCGAUGUACAAUCUUCAACCGGGUGAUUAUGUCAUCUUACGAAGCAAAGUCGACUAUAUGCCAGAUCAAGUUUACAUAACAUCGUCAAGUGUAAUGGCAGCGCAAUCACAAACACCUCUAUCGCCCACCACAAGUAACAAUGGUGAUUGGUACUAUGACAAUUCGACAAACUAUUUCAGCUUUAUAGUGAAAAGUCCAUCCUCAAAUACCCGUAUGGUGGAUGUUUCUCUACCAGUACAAGUUAUUAAAUGCCGUUACCUUAAUUGUCAAUAUCCACAAUCGCCAGGGCUCGCAUUACCACCUACAGCAAGACCAAAUAAUGCUUUGUAUUGGUCAAAUGACAGCGACUGGUACUGGGCUACACAAGGUUACGGUGGUUACGGAAGUGUAAAGCCAAGCGAUGGCCAAAAUAUUUAUAUUCCAUCGGAUAUAUGGUUAGUUGUCGAUUAUCCGUUACCAACAAUUCUUAAUUUAAAAAUUGAAGGAACUUUAGAAUUUGAACAGGUCUGUUGGCCAAACAAUCCAUUGAAUGCUAGUGUUGACAUUAUCAUUAAUGGCGAUAGUAGCGCGAGCAAUGUGAUACUAGACACAUUAGGUUCGAUCGGUGCAAAGGUUAUCGGUGUUCUUGGAGGUCUUACAAUAACUGGUCUACCAAGAAACGUAACAUGGACAAGAUUGGGCUCAACAGCUUCAUCUGGUCAAAAUACGAUUACAUUGAGUCAAUCAGUUGAUUGGAAUGUCGGUGAGGAAAUAAUUGUAACAACAACAGACACAAAUAUAAAUCAUACGGAACAGCACACAAUUGCAUCUAUAAAUGCAAAUCGAAAUAUAAUAACAACCGUUCUUCCACUUUCAUACACUCACAUUGUUUUACAUGAAACAUUUCCGAAUGGUCAAGUUUAUCAUGUCGCUGGCGCUGUUGGCCUAUUGACAAGAAAUAUUCGUAUACGUGAUAAUAAUCCCAGUGGUGCAUCACAAUUGUUUGGUUAUCGAGUGUUGGUAACAGAUUAUAACACACCCGUUUGGGAUCCGAUUGGUUUGACAAACAUCAAUACAUAUUACAAAGGCUAUGCUCGUCUAUCAAACACUCAGUUUAUUGGUUUUGGACAAUUUGUCAAUGCCGAUCAAUUAGAUUUACGUGAGGGUAUUCAUAUCUAUGAUCUUGGAGAUUGGAAUGCAUCACGUCCAACAUAUGUCGAUUCAUGUUCGUUUAAUAAUGGAUAUUUUACAGCAAUUGGCUUAUGGGUUGCGAACGGAAUACCGAUCACAAACAAUGUUAUUUUUAAUACUUAUAAAUCAGGAAUUGUUAUAAAUGGUCAAAAUAACAUAAUACAAAAUAAUUUGGUAUCAUCAAUCUAUUGGACUGGUACUGCACAACCUCAAUUCGUACAAUUUAAUUUAGACUACGACGCAGCCAUUUGUUCUAAAGAUGCUGUCAGUGUUGUUAUGCAAGAUAAUUUUGUUGCCGGUGUCGAACGUUUGGGAAUACGUAUCCAAGGUGCUUCCUGUCCCGGAACGGUGCUACCAUCAGGAAUUAACAAUAGCUAUUCGAAUAAUGAAGUUCAUUCGGCCAUGGCUGGUGUCAGCAUAUGGCCAGAUGAUCAAUUUAUAUAUGAUACAGACUGCGUUUUGAUUACUGGUUUUAAAACUUAUAAAGCAUGGUACUAUGGUGUAUAUAUUCAGGUUCAUCGAAAUAUAAUCGUCGAUUCUACAACAGUUAGCGAUUCUCAACUCGGCAUGUUUACACUUGUAAUUGGUAUACCAGCUUUGACACAUGUCGCAGGAAAUAAAUCUAUUCAAAUUCGAAAUUCGUUGGUGAUCGGAGCAGGCACACCAAAUGAUUGCUCUGAUGUCCUUAAUCCAACAACUCCUACAAUUUUUUAUACACCAAAAGCAGUACCAACGGUAUCUGGAACAGGAGGUCGUGUUGGUAUCACAUUCCCGUAUAUUUCAUCAAGCGAUAAUAUGAUGCCUAGUCAUCCAUGGACAGGAAUUGGUGCUUAUCCGACUGUGGAUGGUAUGAUGUAUGUUUCGAACACAACAUUUGCCUAUUUUAAUACGGUCUGUGGUAGACAAGAUGUAGCCAUAAGUGUAGCACAGCAUAACGACGAUGGACAAUUUCCUAUGAAUACAACUUCAAUAUCGGUGUACAAUUCGUCCCGUGCUAAUAUUCUUUUCAAUGGCAGGCCAAAUUUGGAUGUAGUGGAUCCGUCGGAUUGUGUUGACAUGGAUUGUGACGGCUUAAAGAAAGAUUUACUUAUUGAUUUUGAUGGUUCAUUACUGGGCACACCCGGUGUUGUAUUUUCGCAAGCUGAAUAUGACUGGGGCGACCAAGCCCACGGUGUUGGAGACUAUCGUAUCCCAUCUGCUGCAUUAUCAAGUUUAACUGGUCAAAUGAUCAACAUAAAUUUGACAUACCCGUACCGAGGCAUUAGUCGUGGACCAACAUGUCAGUAUAACUCAGAUUGGCAAAUGUACUAUUGUCCAAAUAAAACUGAUUAUCGAAUGUUAAUUAUUGAAAGUAUGGAUUCUGAUACCGAAACACGUCGUCUAUCUCCAGUUGGCAUAUUCUCCGAUAACGGUUAUAUCGAUCUCAUUAAUGGUCCUCAAGAUCACGGUUGGUGCAACGGAUACACCUGUCAAAAGCGAAUAUCAACAUUCCAAGCCAUUAUUGAAGGUCAGCAUCAUUAUGAUAUUUUUCUAUCGAGUACACAACCAAAUCAAAUUAGAUUUCGGAUAAUUGAUGGCGAUGCGACAAUAAUGAAUACAUUGGCAUUACACUAUGAUUCACUACAACAAAUUGAUGUUUAUGCUAACGGUGUUUAUGUAUCACCAUGUAAUCGUGAUCCAAAUUAUUCAUUUUUAAUGUUACGUGAUACACCCAAUACGGUUGAUCAGACUUCAUUACCUGGCUCAAAUUAUUUCAAUCGAACAACACAAAUGGCCUAUUUUGCCAUCAAUGGUCCAACUGUGAUUGAUCUGAAAAUUUCUCAGUUAAUCGUAUUAACAUUCGGCCUUCCACCGCAGACUCCAGCAUCGUUUUAUGAUGUAGGUAGUGUUGUUGCCAAUCUAGCUGCUCUUUUGAAUGUGCCAACCAAUAUGAUUAGACGUGUAACCAUCAUAAGCGCAAACAACAACACACGUAUUUAUCGACGACAAUUAUCAACAAUUACACUUCAAGUUGAAAUACGAGGUGAGCCCGAUAAUUAUACAACUGACAAUUCGACAGCACAAGCACAACAAAUAUCGGACGUGUGUUCACAUAUUAUUAAUAGUUAUCAAUCCGGACAAAUGAAUGACGCGUGCCAAAACAAUUCGAAUUUCAGUUUAUCAUCAUUGAGUGUACAGGAACCAUUAGAUCAAGUAACAAAUUUAUUAGGUAUUAUUAAUCGACUUGUUCUUGUCACACCGCCAGCUAAUUGCCGAGAACAGUGUCCAUGCAAUCAACAACCGGUUCUUGUUGCCUAUGAUCGUCUAGGAAAUAUUAUACAAACACUAGGAUCGAAGGAACAACCAUGGCAAGUAAACGCAAGUGUUGUCGGUCAGCCUAAUAUCAAUUUAAUCGGUGCCACAGCAAGUUAUCAAAACGGACAGACUCAAUUUUCAACAUUCGGACUACCAUAUCAAGGCAGUUAUGCAAUACAAUUCACCUUUAUCCAACCGAAUGGUGUUAGCAGUUCAUACAUUCUCAGUUACUAUGUUGCGUCAUCAGCCAUUCCAGUAACAACCGCUUCACUGGCUGCAAAAGUCGUAUCAACUGCUUAUGUUGCUUUUGUCAAUCAAACAUUCAACAUAUCCGUGGUUAUUGUCGACAGUGUAUCCAAACAACAAAUUCAAAAUAUUUCAUGGCGUGGUUUGACUUGGGCAGCUACCGUAUCAUUGUACACACUGCCGAACUGGAAUAGUAAUGGUCUUUUAAUUACAACACAAUUAUCGGUUGUCAGUAUCGACAUACAAACUGGGAUAUUUACAGCAUCGAACUUGGCUAUAUCAUCAAUUGGUAUGUAUGUAUUAAAUAUAAAAAUUACAUCAUCGAACAAUGAAUAUACUAUUAUUUUACCAUCAAAUGGUAUCCUUAUUAUUGCUAAUGGAACAACACUGGAAACUGUCACCGGCGAACCAACAACAUACAUUACAUUCAACGACGAUUACGAUUUACUUAAUGCAUCAAACAAAUUGGAAAUUAGACGUGCUACGAUAUACAAUUACUUUCUAAGUAUUGGACUGACACUGCUAAGUGAUCUCACAUUGUCCAAAGGAAGUACCAUCGCGUCGUUUUCGCCAAAUACAUCAAAUCCAGCAACCACGACAGCAGUAGUUGCGAAUAUUAACAGUAACCCAUCAGCAUCUGGUUCUUCGGUGAUAAAUAUCAAUAUUGGCAGUUAUUCUAAAACUCUGGCAACAUCAUCCACGACUGCUGAUAGUAAUACUGCAAAUAAUGUUGGUCUCAUUGUUGGCCUAGUCGUUGGAUUAGUCGGUGCAGCCGCAUUAGUAUUAGUUGCAUUUGGAAGUUACAGAGCAUAUAAACGAAAAAUACACAAAAAACGAUUAAUUGACAACGGUUAUGAAAGUGGUAUCAAUAAUGACAAUGAUGCAGACUUAAUUCCGCCACCAAAGGAACCCAAUGUACCUGUACGUUCAACGACUGCAACAAGCGUAAUUCGACGUACAUCCACCUCGUCACCAGUCACGACACAGAAUGAGACAAAUGCACGAUCGACAACAGCAGCUACAGCAACAACAUUUGGUAACAAGCCACAGUUUCCACGAUCAGUAUCAGACCUUCGCAUGAAUUCACCAUUACCGCGUACUGGAUCAGCGACUAUUAGUAUUACAACGCUGGAUUUCACAAAUCCAUAUGAAAACGCAACGUUACCAACUGUUGAACUAAUCAAAUUUGAAGAUUAG